AUGGCUAGAUCAGAUUUCGGCUCAGUCACUGGAUGGCAAAACAGUCGAGCCAUUAUAUCAAAUGGUGCGCUACGUAUAACACUCAAGAAAAAUGCUCUUUCAGUAGCAGGAGGACUUGUGUCAAAUACAAACCUUCCUGAAGGAUCUGCUUAUGAGCUGCAGUUCGAUGUUAAAUUUCACAGUCAGUUUGAUUGGAGCCGUGGCGGGAAAGUUGGCUUCGGUUUAGGUAUCGGCAAUAGAAAUACAGGAUGUAGUUUACCAACUGAUGGAGCAGGUGGCACUCUUCGUUUAAUGUGGUACAAUACUAGAAAUCAAGUCUAUUUUCGUCCAUAUAUUUAUCAUUACGGAAUGUCAGGACCUUGCGGAACCACUUUCAAUAAAUCCUAUCCAUCAACAGGUACUCUUAAAAAGGGCAAGUGGUACAACGUAUACAUGUAUGCGAAAUCAAAUACUGGUAACAAUCCUAAUGGACAUGUCAAAGUUCUGAUCAAUAGUACAACACUGAUUGAUCAAAAUAUUCUUUGGACAACAAAUGAUAGUAAACGUCUCAUCAAUAAUUUAUCUUUUGCGACAUUUCGUGGUGGAAAAGAAGACUGGUGGAAAUCUGAUACUAAUGGCUACAUUUACUAUGACAAUUUGUCAGUUCGACAAAUCAGUACAUAA